UGCACCUCACAUGAGGAAGAAGUCGAUUGAAGCCGAGAGGGGACAGGAAGACGAAGCAGCGCAGACAACCGCGACUGCCUUUGACGUCACGCAGGAAGUCAGUGUGUUAAAAACCUGCCCUCAACUUCCUGUUUCUGUCUCACAAGCCAUCAGAGCUGAGGAAGUACCAAGCGGGUACACAACUUCUACCACCGGAGUUAUUUCUGAUAGUUUCCCGAUAUCUGAGGACGAAAAUGACCCCCUGAAACAUGUGGAAGAAGAGCUAAAGCGACACAGGGCCCAACUCGAGAAGAGAGAAAAAGGAAGGGAGGAAGAGGAGGAGAUACAGCAGCAGUCAGAGGAGAAGGUAGAGGAAAAUACAUUGCCUCUCAAUUCUGAGAAUUCUCUCUCCCCAUUGCAGCCGCACCCCAACACCAUCACAGCUAUGAGUCGGAUCUACAACUUGGAAUCAGUGAGCUCGAGGUCGGCCAUGUGUCUGAGGGACAGGACUGUCGACAUCCCAUCAGUGCAUCUCGUUAAAGUGAAGCCACUCUUAUCAAAUGCACAGCAGGGGGACAGAAAAGCCUCCUCAGAUGAGGACACCCCUGGAGUUCAGACGAUACAGCGUCAGAUAGAACAGUUUCAGAUGAAAGAGAAGGAACUGCUGAAGUCUUGUGCAUCACCAAACACUCCUCUUAAGGACAGAGAGAAAAAGGGACAGCAAAGCCCAAGAGGGGUGCUAAAGUACAAGGUGAAUGACAACGUCAAGACCCCGAAGAAAGAACAAGAAACACCAGAAUCAAAGGUCAAAGUGUCUCCUUGGCGUGUUUGUUCACCGACAAAUCAGCUCAAACAAUCCAACCAAAAUACAAACUCAAUUCUCAGGAGCCAAUCCCCAGAUAAUGCUCUGAAACCCUCGGAUAAGGCCCCGACCCCGGCCUCCUCCCCCAGCUCCACACCGCCUGCUCAGUCUCCUAGUGUUUCUCCAUCUCCAGCCCCAUCGCCCACGCUUUUCUCCAUCAGGAGUGCUUCUGGGGGCCAAGUGAGGAGAGGUGCCACCAUCACGGUCACCCCAAGAAAGCCUGUUGAAGGAGGAGGGGUUACAGGUCCCAUAGCAGCAGCAGCAGCAGCAGGGUCCAACUCCCCAGCGCAGCAGGCCAAGUCGCCCUCCACUGGGAACGAGCCAGCGAAGAAGAAGUUUCCCACAGUGGAUGAGAUCGAGGUGAUUGGAGGAUAUCAGAAUCUGGAGAAAUCCUGUCUAGUCAAGUACAGAGCGACUCCAAAAAGGGGACAUGUGUGUUUUGACGAGGACCAGCUGGAGCAGGUGUGUGAGUACCCAUCAGAGACCUCCAUGCUGGCCUGCACACCCUACCCUCAGGACCCAUGGAGGAUGGAGAAGCAGCAGGGAGAGGAGGUGCAGGAGGAGGAGGCUGAGAUGGAGGAAAUAGCAAUCAUAUCCAAAAGCACGAGGAACGUGGGGAUGGUAACAGGAGGGGCUCUUAGAGUGGGUCAGUGUCAACCCCUUCUCAAAAAACACAACGUGUAAUGAGUGGGGUUAUGGGUUUCAAUUGUUUUGGUCUCACUGUGAAACUCUCCAUGGGUUUGGACUUUACUCCGGCUAAAAAAGCCAUUUAUCUCACUGUGUCGAACUUUCCUUAAAUGAUAUGUCUGGCAAUAUUUUACUGCAUAACCUUCUUAUUGUCAACAAAUCCCUGACGUGUUCUUUAAAAAGCCUACAAAGAACUUUGGCAUUGUAUUUUUACUUCAAGUGACUACUAGAACAAAUAUGUAUUAAUCUGAUGCUUAAGUGAAUCCUCAGCUAUAUUGAGCUAUUUUUUCAAGCUUGAGUAAAGUUAGCUAGAAACUACAGCACUGUGCUGUUUUAAUUAAUUACGGACCUGUUUCAAAGAUAAAAACAGAAAAAGUGUGAUGUAUUUUUAGAGACUCAAUGGAUCAGAGAUAAUGAAUUGGCUUAAAACUGAAUGCCACAGAUUGACUAUGGAAAUACUCAAACCACUAGCAAGCGCUAGCAAGAGAAAGUGAGAGCUAGCAAGCUUGCUAUAUGUUAGCUAGCAUAAUAUCACUGAGCAAGUUUGCUAGCUUAAUUGCUAUCACUGUUUUUUCAAUACAUGUGUUUGUACUAUUGACUUUGUCUCAUAUCUGUCUACAAUUUUUCUUUUGUGGAGCAGUUCAGACUUUGACAGAGAAGGUUAAACUCGGUGCAAUGCUACUGUUACUGUUGUUAAUGGCACAACAUUUAAAAUGAAAGGUCACCAAGGUUGAAAAAAUAGUUAAGCAAAGAUCCACUGAUUGUCACGACAUUGGAGUAAAUAUUUUGAGCUGUGAAAUGUUGUUGACUUUAACCAUGGUGUUGUAAACUCUUCUUGGGAUUUGUUGUCAAUAAGAAAAAUCUGGAUAAUCUCAAGCUUUGACAAACAAACUGACCAAUGUUUUGUGAAGAUGGUAGCAAGUUAGAAAUGUAGGCAAUAAAAACAAAGAACGAACA